AUGAACUUCAAGGUGCUGAAACUCAAGCUGAACAUCACCAAUUUGGGGUAUCUUGAUGAGACGUACGGGUUCGAGAUUGAUAAGGUUUUACAAGACUGUAUCAAUGGACACAGCGCCAGAGUACUCGAGAACUAUCUGGCUGGGAAGCUGGACGUGGCAGAACAGCCGAAGGACAGUUUGAGUCCGUCCGUGGAGGCAAUUUCCCGGCUGGCGUACAUGUUGUUGGCUGUCGAGUUAGCGCAGUUGCGCAAGAACCUGAAACAGGUGGACGGGACGCUCAAGCAGCAGGAACUGGUGAACGCGCGACUGAAGGCCAGGAUCCAGGAUUUGCGCGAGAGUCAGGCUCAACAGUUGCAAUUAGCACAGAAAAAGACACAAGAUUUGAAACAACGCCAUCAGGAACGACUGAACAGAAUACGUUUGGCAACACAAGAAGUGCAGAACGAGAAACUGGCCAAGAUCCUGCGUUUGAUAGAUCAAUCCAAGGCAAAGCACUUUGAACAGCUGGUUCAUGUUGCCGGGUACGAGACGGUCAAUUGGACACAGAAAAGCGACGCUUCCAAGUCCAAGCUCGGAAGCCUGGAACGACUCAAUUACAAUCUAAUGCACAUGUUGGUCAAGCAGCAAGAAAAGGCCGAGUUCAAGAACAUUCUAUUUUUCUCGCCCGUGCUGCCCUUGACCAGAUACCUCCACUACAAAUUUGACACCGUGAUGGACUCAGUUUUGAAAGUGGCUCUGUUUACGACGCUGGCGUCCAAGUAUCUGGACGUUGUUCUCCCGUACACGGUGUCGCGCACAGAAGCGUUUGAGCACACGAUCGGAAAUGCACUCGACAGGUCGCCUCUUUGGAUCCCAAAACCGGACGAGAAGUCCGAGCCCGUUUCGAGCCUCGUGGAAGUUAGCAGUCAAGAUCUGACCUCGUUUUGCGGAGGUUUAGCAAAACUCAUAGUGAACCUUGUGGUGAUCAUUAACCAUACUAGAGCUUCCCGGCUCACGUUCCAGAAUCUGCUUGCCAUAGACGAGCUCGUAAAGAUCAUUGUUGGCGAAAUUGCAACCACUAAAGAAUCUGCCCCCAUUUCGAUGGUGGCAGAAACGGCUCCCAAACGAAAGUCGUACUUUUCGAUGUUCAAUUUCUGGACCAGACGCAAAACCAGACCGCCUACAAUAGACGAGCACUACGAGAAGCCUGCUGCCGAACACGACUCAAACGCUGUCCUGGAGGUGUCGUUGUUCAACAGCCAGAAUCUGGUUGAACAUGUGCACGACCAGAAAAUCGAUAUCCAUUCAAAGAUCGCCAACAGCACGCUUGGGGUCUCGCCGUCAGCAUCAUCGUCUACAGUUGGGGCGUCUAUUUUCGGCAGCAGCUCCAGCAUGAACCCGUCCAACGCGCAAGAAUGGACGUCUGACGAAGGGUCCAUACCGGACGUUGAGUGGCUUUCCGGCAAAUUGUACUCGUAUUUUGGGUCUGAAAUAGCGAAAUCGCUCGACAAGGAGACAAGAACGAGCGUUCCGGCCAGCAGCGAGCUGUCGGUGUCCACUCCGUCAACUUAUCGGCAGAUCAACUACAACACUCAGAACACGGAAUCCUUGGGGUCCAAGUUCAAAACGGCGCCAUUGUUCUCCACAAACACAAUGCCGAUCUACCAGUCAAACAUACCGUCCACAUCCAGAAGUCGGUUCCGUCACUACCAGCCGUCGCGCCCUGCGAAAACCACAGAUAACUGGGAAGUUAUAUAG